AAAUGAACGUUCGAAGUGUUCUUCCGCCAAAACAAGUGCCUGUGAGUAAGCGUUGGACUUGGAAAGACGACAGACGGGGGAGACCAUAGACAUUUGAGGGCGCUUUUGAAAAAAGAAAUGUCUGCCGAUGAAUUACUACGUGCCGUCACCUUUUCUCCGGACCCUUCUUCGUUCAGACCAAGACCAUCCUCAGAGAGGACACAGGAUAUUUCCCAUCUACUGACAAGUUUGUUCAAGAACCUGUAUACUGGGGAAGUGAUUGGGAAAGAUACAGGAGCCAACCUGAUCCGAUCCAAGGGAGGAGACAACCCCCAUCACCAGAAGUUUGUGGAAGAGCUGCAGCAGAUUCGCUCUGAGUAUGAGCAGAGACUGGCUGAAGCAGAUAUGGUAGAGAAGCACAUUAUCCAGGCUCGUGCCCAAGCUACAGCACAAGAGGAAAGGGUGCUUAGUGCUCUGAAGCACGAGGUUGGGGCGACCUCUCUGGGACUACCCCCAGUGGAUUCACACUUUAGGUGGUGCGUGGACAAUGAAGUGUUAAGGAAGCUUAAGCUUAUCUGUCCUGAUGAUUACAUCACUGACCCACAGCCUAUCACCAAAGCACCCAGAGACAGUUCGGUCCCUUCUUUUUGCAAAGAGACUUACAGUUUCAACCAGCAUAUAUCCAAAAGCCCAGUGGAUGAUGGGUACACGGAGCUCGAGUCGCCAAAUCUAGUUAGAAGUAUGGAUGAUGUGUCGUUAACCAGUUUAGGUUCAUCAGUCAGUUUAGAGGAUGGACUGACAAAGAAGAAAUCGAGAGAGAAAACCAAACCGAAUAAUAAGUCCUUGAAGAAAGGGACAAGUGUAGGGGACAGUGAGGUUUCCCAGCUAGAACAUCGGUACGGCUUCCUAAAGAACCCCAGAUUUUUGCCUCCUAACUCUGUCCCUGGAGGUCGAUCACUGCUUGCGCCCGCAAAUAAAUGGGAAGGAUCAGUACAAGGAAUAAAACAGGCAAUGAAUGAAAAUGAGGUGCCCGUGUUCCUGGCAAACCCGCCUGUUGUGUAUUUUCCAGACUAUGAAGUUGGCCAGAUUUAUGAGAUGACUAUAGAACUGCGGAACAUGACCGCAUCCAGCCGGCACCUGCGAAUCAUCCCACCCUCCACCCCUUACUUCUCUCUAGGCCUGGGGAAGUUUCCCGGAGAGGGUGGGAUUGUAGCACCAGGAAUGAGCUGUCAUUACACAAUCCGAUUUGUUCCCGAUUCCCUCGCCGACUUUGAGGAUUUUCUGCUGGUAGAAUCCCAAGCUCCAUAUCCAGUUCUUGUCCCUAUAGAGGCGAGGAGACCUCCACCUAUACUGACAAUUCCUCAGACUCUGGACUGUGGACCCUGUUUGAUUGGAGGAGUGAAGGUCUUAGAGUAUUUCUUGAGAAAUGACGGCCUGAGCCGGGGGAGAUUCUGUGUCAUGCCCAGAAGUGUUUGGCCUCCUGCUAAUUUCCGGAGUGUGGCUAGACCAGGUUUUGUGGAAGAGGGGCCAUUUGGAAUUCGCCCGGCAGCUUUUGAACUGUAUCCUGGUCAAGGAAUAAAUAUGGAGAUUGUCUUCUUCCCCGGGUCUGCCCAAACUUACAGCCAUGUCUUUACCAUCGUGUGUGAUAACUGCCAGGUCAAGGAGAUCACCCUGACAGGGUACGGUCAGCAGGUUGGACUGGAGCUGGUGUCUGUGAGUGACGGGGAGAGCCCCCCAAGGAGCGGUGCCAUUACAGAUACUAUGGCUGGACAUGUGAUUCAAUUCCAGCCCACUAAUCUGCAUGCUACGGUACAGAAGAGCCUCCUUAUUCGCAAUUCCACGCAUGUGGAGCUUCCUUUCUGCUGGCAGAUCAUGAAACACAACGUGCAAACAUUAGUUCCAGAGGAUCUGUGUAACCUUGACACAAGCCUCCCCUUCACCCUGACUCCUGCACAAGGCAUUCUGCAACCUCACCAAGACUCCUCAUUCAUUGCAACUUAUACUCCUACUGAGAUGGCAGAAAAUCACUGUGUUGCUCAUAUGGUACUGAGAAAAAUCCCAGAACCUCCAAGUGCAGAGAAGAAGCCAAGGGGUCUGACGGAAUUCACACCUUCAGUAAAUGAUGUGAUUGUUCUCGACUUGGAUCUUAAAGGGACGGCUGAACCCUUUCACAUACAGCUGGAGCCAUACGCCAUCAUCUUCCCUGGAGAGAGCUAUAUUGGCAGCACCAUGAGAAAGCAGUUUAAGAUGUGGAAUAACAGCAAGUCUGCCAUUGUGUAUCGAUGGGAACAGAUCACGUCUCGUCACGUCAUUCAGAUUGAACCUUCCAGUGGAACUAUAGAGCCAAAUAAAUGCAGUGAACUUGAAAUCUGUUUCACCGGGGAGCAAAUUGGAUUUACCAGUCAGAAGGUGGUUUGUCACAUUGAUCACUCGCCGGAGACAGUGGCGCUGCACGUGGAAGCCACGUUUAAGGGACCAGUAGUUUCCAUAGAUAUCCCAUCCCUGGACUUGGGCCUAAUAAAACUGGGCAAUAAAUCUGUCAGCAUAUUUACCAUUGAAAACAAGAGCCCUCUACGAGCAAAAUGGAGCCUGCAGGAAAGCCUGGCUUGCCUUACCGAGCGCAAUGAGCAGGAAUCCCAGUUCCUUAUAGAGCCUAAUAAUGGGGAGUUGCUGCCUCUGGGCCAAGCCAAGCUGAGGAUCAUGUUCAAGCCAUUGACUUGCCAGAGACUGGACACAGUGUUGGAGCUUCAAGUGGAGAAUGGAGAAGGGAGUUAUCUCCCUGUAACAGCCGAUGUCCAGCUUCCCCAAAUCUGCCUGCUCUCUAGAACCCUGGCAUUCUCUGGCAUUUACGUUGGUGUCCCAGGACAGUUGUCUGUUAAGAUGUUCAACCAGGGGAAGCUCCCUGCAAGGUUCUCCUGGGGGCAGCUUACAGGGAGUCACUCCAUACAAUGUGCUGCUACAAUUGCACCAGCUAACGGGAUACUGGGACCCAAUGAGGAAGCUGAGAUGACCAUAAACCUGACCUCUUAUACUAAGGAUGAUCUGUAUGACAUUGCUUUCCACUGCACAGUUGAUGACAUGAAGGAACCUCUUACUCUGAACUUAACAGCCAAGGCCCAGGGCCUAGAGGUCACCUACUCGCUGUGUCCUGAAGAUGGGAGUUCAGACCCUGAAGACCUGCUGCUGGAUUUUGGAUCGGAGGUGACCCUAUAUUACCCAGUGCAAAGGAAGCUGAUUCUUACCAACCAGUCUGCAGUAAGUGCCCCCUUCUCACUGGAAGCCACCUACUUCUCUGGUGGGACUGCUCAGCAAGCUUUAGGGAAGCACAGUGGAACUCCAUCUGCUUUAUUAAGGCUCCCUCGAUUUGCUGAGCAAGCGGCUAACAAGGCUGAAACAGAUUUUCGGAGGACGCUAUUGUCAGAUGGAAAGGGAGCAGCGUUCAUCCCUCAGCCCAAAUCUGGGAUCCUGGAAGGUUUCCAGCAGAUCACCAUAGAAGUGACGGCCUACAGUAACAUGUGGGGGGAAUAUUCAGAUGAACUGCUCUGUAAGGUCGGUGAUCUGGAUACCAAGUCUAUUCCUAUGAGGAUGGCAGUGCAAGGAUGUCCUCUUUACUUCCAGAUGACAGGGCCAAAGCCCGGCCUUCAGAUGGAGGGGCCAGUGAUAAGGUUUGGAACCCAGCUAUCAGGGGGAGACACCAUUUCCCGCUGCUUGCGGAUCAAUAACCCAAGUCCUUGCGAUAUUCGCAUUGACUGGGAGACAUACAAUAUCGAACAAAAUGACUCCAAGCUUCUGGAUCUUGUGCUGCUCUACGGAGAUCCUUUUCCACUGAAGGACAUUGAUGGGAAUGAAAUAGUUGUGGAUGACUUGGACCCUGAAACUGAGACUUCUCCAGUGAAUUGGGAUAUGAUCCCCAGCUCUGCCAGAACCAGGUCGUCUGUGCUUAGCCGAACCAGUAAUCAUAUCAAAAAUUUGGAAGAUACAGAACAAGAAGAUGACGAAAUCAGCACAGAUAAAACAACAGGGACUGUAAAUAAUUUAAUUUCUGUCAUUCUGAGACCUCAUGAGGGCUUCCCAUCAGACUUCCCAUACUGCAUCACUCCAAGACAGCUGGUUGUUCCUGCAGGGGGCAGCAGCUCCAUCCAUGUAUCAUUUACCCCUUUAAUCCUCUCGGGGGUGACCAUUAAAACAGAAUGCGAUGGUUUCGCUUUAGGCUUUUUGAGCUUGGAUAACAAGAGGGUUCCUGAGAGAGUGAGUCGCCUGCAAGGGUACGGAGUAAAGCCAAUCAGAAUGGAGCUCCAAGCCUGCGUGAAGCCUUCACUGCUGAGCAUAGAAAUGGAGGAUGAAGAUGAUGGGCUGGUGUUUUACUCCGUGGCAAGCAACCUGAUACCAGAUAGGAAGGCUGCACAGAUCUUGACUGAAUUUCUGACAACUCAGAAGCUCAAGCUGAAAAACUGCACAGAGACUCCUCUGUACUUCCGCUUACUGGUGCCAAAGCCUUUUGUUGUUUCUACUGGUGACCCCAAGAAGAACAUGAAGACCCCUCAGAGUGAGCGUGAGGAGAAAGGAGAGCAGAUUGUGCUUCACCCCCAGCAGAACACUCUGGUAAACGUUUCCUUCUGCACCACGUUGGAACUGUUGACGUACCAGAAUCUCCCAGCCAAUCAAAUGCUGUCUGGAGUUCAGCUCCUCCAAUCACAGGAUGGGGAAAAGAAACUACAUUUCACUCAGCAGCUUGUCAUUGAGUACAGCAACAAAAGUACCCAGCACGUACCCCUGGAAGCUCACCUCACUCUGCCUGUAUUGACUCUCUCCUGUCACACGCUUGACUUCGGAACCUGCUUCGUGGGACAGACCAGGACACAAGAGGUCCGACUGAUGAAUAAAAGUGGCUCAAAAAGUUUCUGGACUGCAUUGUUAGACAAGCAACAGAGACAUAACAACCAUGAGAUAUUUUCCAUCUCCCCCACCUGUGGGAAGCUUGAGGCCUGUGGAAGGCACACGUCGGACAAUAUGGAGGCCUUGCUGAUCACCUUCACUGCAAGAGAGAGCGCAGAAUAUGAAACGACAGUGACAAUCUAUGGCAUGCUGGGAGAGAAGCCCUUACACCUACACAUUAAAGGCCACGGAUCAUAUGAUGAGAAAUUUGAGCUUCCAGAACAUUCUUAGAAUUCGUUUUUUUUUUCUUUUCUUAAAAUGACAUUUUUGUAAAUAAAUUAAAUUUAAUUGUUUACUA